CAAUAUUCCUCAGUGUGGAAAGAUGAAUCUCAACAUUAUACUGUCAUUAGUGGACAGAGAUAAAAAAAAAACAAAGAUUGUGGAGGAUCUGGAGGAUUUUUCAGAAGACCGCUGGACAAUUGAUUAGCUCAGAUCUAACAAGAAACUAAUCAACAGCUAUUACAAAAGCUGUCAUCAAUUGUUAAGAUAACAUCAUACUGUAUUAAGAAUCAGGUGUAUGUAAACUUUUAAACUGGCUUACUAUUAUGAAUUUAGUUAUAAUUCAUUAUAUAAUACUUUUUGUAAACAUAUGUUUUCUGAAAUUACCACGCCCAUUUUCUUCCAUAGAUUCUUUAACUUUUUCCAGAUUCUGCAAAGUAAAGUUAAACUCUGGACAACAGGGAUGUCUAAGCAGGGAUGCCCAGACUUCCCUCUCCCUAGACACUUCCUCCAGCUCUUCCGGGGGGACACCGAGGCGUUCCCAGGCCAGCCGGGAGACAUAGUCCCUCCAGCGUGUCCUAGGUCUUCCCCGGGGUCUUCUCCCGGUGGGACAUGCCCGGAACACCUUCCCGGGAAGGCGUCCAGGGGGCAUCCGGAAAAGAUGCCCGAGCCACCUCAGCUGGCCCCUCUCGAUGUGGAGGAACAGCGGAUCUACUCUGAGCUCCUCCCGAGUGACCGAGCUUCUCACCCUAUCUCUAAGGGAUUGCCCGGCCACCCUGCGGAGAAAGCUCAUUUCGGCCGCCUGUAUCCGGGAUCUUGUCUUUUCGGUCAUGACCCACAGCUCAUUACAAUAGGUGAGAGUAGGAACGUAGAUUGACCGGUAAAUCGAGAGCUUCGCCUUGCGGCUCAGCUCCUUCUUCACCACGACAGACCGGUACAGCGACUGCAUUACUGCAGAAGCUGCCCCGAUCCGUCUGUCAAUCUCCCGUUCCAUCCUUCCCUCACUCAUGAACAAGACCCCCAGAUACUUGAACUCCUCCACUUGAGGCAGGAACUCUCCACCUACCUGCAGUGAGCAAGCCACCCUUUUCCGACUGAGAACCAUGGCCUCAGAUUUUGAGGUGCUGAUUCUCAUCCCAGCCGCUUCACACUCAGCUGCAAACCGUCCCAGUGCAUGGUGGAGGUCCUGGUCUGAAGGGGCCAGCACGAUGACAUCAUCCAUUAAGCUGAAGAAGGAGUCCUAUCGGGCCUGGUUGGCUUGUGGGACUCUCGAGGCAGCUGACAGGUACCGACAGGCCAAGCGGACUGCAGCCCGGGUGGUUGGGGAGGCAAAAACUCGGGCCUGGGAGGAGUUCGGUGAGGCCAUGGAGAAAGACUAUCGGUCAGCCUCGAAGAGAUUCUGGCAAACCGUCCGGCGCCCCAGAAGGGGGAAGCAGUGCCCUACCAACGCUGUUUACAGUGGAGGGGGGCAGCUGUUGACCUCGACCGGGGAUAUCAUCGGGCGGUGGAAGGAAUACUUCGAGGAUCUCCUCAAUCCCGCCGUCACGUCUUCCAUUGAGGAAGCAGAGGCCGAGGGCUCAGAGGCGGACUCGCCCAUCACCCGGGAUGAAGUCACCGAGGUAGUCAAGAAACUCCUCGGUGGCAGGGCACCGGGGGUGGAUGAGAUCCGCCCUGAGUACCUCAAGUCUCUGGAUGUUGUGUGGCUGUCUUGGCUGACACGCCUCUGCAGCAACGCGUGGCGGUCGGGGACAGUGCCCUUGGACUGGCAGACCGGGGUGGUGGUCCCUCUUUUUAAGAAGGGGGACCGGAGGGUGUGCUCCAACUAUCGGGGAUCACACUUCUCAGCCUCCCCGGGAAAGUCUAUGCCAGGGUACUGGAGAGGAGAAUCCGGCCGAUGGUAGAACCCCGGAUUCAGGAGGAACAGUGUGGUUUCCGUCCCGGUCGUGGAACAAUUAUAAUAAUUGAACACAUGACAAUGUUUAAUGUCAAGCCCUGCAUGGCAACAUGUGUGUGCGCAGACGUGUUUGGUCUCAGUGGGAAAAAAUCUGGGUAACACUUUAUAAUAACUGCACGCUAUGAAUCAUUAGUUAAGCAUCAGUACAUAGUUAAUUAAUCAUUUAUGAAGCAUUGGCCCCACAUUAAUAGACAUUAGUAAGCAGUUUAUAAAUACAGCUAUAAAUGCUUUGUUCUUGAUUUAUAAGCAUGUAUAUAAUAUGCUUAAUAAUCAAAUUUUCAUACUUUAUUAAGGAUGAAUUCAUCAUUUCUAAACUAAG